AUGAGUUUCAAAUCAUUAUUAGAAUAUCCCCCAUUAAAUGCUCAAGAUAUUAUCGAUUAUAUGAGAGGAAGGAAAGUGUAUAUAAGUGGUAAAACAGCAUUUUUUAUACAAUUGGAAUUUUCUUCAAAAAUAAUAACUGUUCCACUUACAACAUCUUUAAAAGAUAUUUGUCAUGAUCUAUGGAAUUCUGCAACAUCGAACCAAAAAAGAACGUUUGACUUGAUGGCGAACGAAGUCAAUUUUAUUAAUGAAAGAUACAAAAGAUACCAACGAUACAAAAAAAGAUGUAGACGUCAGAAUAAUGUAAAUUAUCCCAAUAAUUUUUCAUUUGAUCUAAUGAAUGGAUUUGGUUUCCUAUAA